UAUUCUUUUGGCUGUAUUCUCGUCGAAUCUGGUCGGAAUCGCGGUGGCACGUUCACUGCACUAUCAGUUCUACAGUUGGUACUUCCAUUCGCUGCCGUAUUUGUUGUUUGUGACGGUGAAGUUCGGAGAGAAAGGGGGAAAGAGGAGUGGGAUAUGGGCGGAUUUCCCAGUGUUUGCGGUUAUGGUGAGGUAUGGGUGAGUAUUUUGCUCGGUAUAGAGCUGUGUUGGAACACGUACCCGUCGACGGCGUUGAGUUCAGCGAUGUUGCAUGUUUUUCACGUGAUCGUAGUUUGUAGUUUGGUGUUGAGCAGGUAUUAUUUAUCGAGUGAUUACGGUGAGAAGGAACGGUUGGAGAUGAAGAGGCAGUAG